AUGGUCCGAAUUUCCCAAGGAAUGUGGGAGCCCACUCCCGACACUGUCAUUGACUGGGCGUCUGAAGUAGUCAAGACUGUCGUGGAACCCAAUCAGAUCUACGCCCUUACUGCCGCCAAACCCAUCGUCCGUCGCGGAGAUACCCUCAACACCUCGACUCUGUCUCAUACGAUCUCGUCUCCCGCUGAAGGCAUCGUUCACCUUUCAACCGUCCACCACGCCGGCCAUAAAUCCGCCGAGUCUGGCCCUGAGUUUGAGAUCUUCCCCGAUGGCAAGCCCGACUUCACUCCCAAAGUCGUCGAGAGCGCCGAGUCGGCUACGUUGGUUUCUGGAGAUCUCACCGCUACUCUUGAUACCCGCCCGGCGUCUUUCAACCUGUCUUUCACGGCUCCGGACAAGGACGGCGACUCUACUCUAGUGACACAGCUGGGCUUCCGAUCUGUUGGUUACAUCCGUAUCGGCAACAAUGUCAGAGCCAAACAAAGCUACAUGGAUCCUUUUCGAGGCGAGCGCUAUGUUACUUACCAGUUUGACGUCGAUGUCAACGAAAAGAUUUACGGCCUGGGUGAAAGAUUCGGACCUCUUUUGAAGAAUGGCCAGUACGUCGAGAUGUGGAACGAAGACGGUGGAACAACCUCAGACAUUGCAUACAAAAACAUCCCAUUCUACAUGACGUCGAAAGGAUACGGAGUUUUCAUCCCGUCUCCAGGCCUUGUGCAGUAUGAGAUUCAGUCUGAGCGCAACGUCCGUGUCAACAUCUCUCUUCCUGGCGAGAAGCUCUCUGCCUAUCUCAUUUAUGGCCCCAGUCCUAAACAGGUUGUGGAGAGGUAUGCACUCUUGACUGGAAAGCCAGCGUUGCCUCCAACCUACAGUUUCGGACUUUGGCUGAGCACUAGCUUUACUACCACGUACGACAAGGACACAGUCCUCAGUUUUGUUGACGGAAUGACUGAACGCGGCAUCAAAGUGUCAGUUUUCCAUUACGAUUGCUUUUGGAUGAAACGAUUCCAGUGGUGUGACUUUGAGUUUGAUAGCGAGCUGUUCCCGGACCCAGCAGCCGAUAUGAAGGCCUUAGCUAACCGCGGAGCCCACGUUUGCGUCUGGAUCAACCCGUACGUGGCUCAAGAGUCCGCUCUCUUCAAGGAAGGCAAGGAGAAGGGUUAUUUUAUCAAACGUACCGACGGGAGCGUUUGGCAACAUGACUUUUGGCAAGCCGGGCAGGCCUUUGUGGACUUUACCAAUCCCGCGGCCUGCAAGUGGUUCCAGUCUAAAAUAUCCGCUCUCAUUGAUCUGGGAGUUCACGCAUUCAAAACAGACUUUGGCGAGCGUAUCCCUGUUGGCGAUGCUGUCUACUAUGAUGGCUCGGAUCCCGAGAAAAUGCACAACUAUUAUACAUUCCUCUACAACAAGGUGACGUUCGAAAUUAUCGAGAAGAAACUUGGUCAUGGGAAAGCGUGCCUUUUUGCUCGCUCUGCAACCGCCGGUGGACAAAGGUUCCCCGUUCAUUGGGGCGGUGAUCCUCAGUCUACAUUUGGAGCUAUGGCCGAGUCCUUGCGCGGCGGUCUUUCGCUAUCUGUUGCUGCGUUUGGAUUCUGGGCCCAUGAUAUCGGCGGCUUUGAGGGGAAGCCAGAUCCAGUUCUCUACAAACGUUGGAUCGCAUUCGGACUUCUAUCUUCACACUCUCGACUUCACGGAAGCGGGACCUACCGCGUUCCCUGGGUUCUGGAUCCUUCGGGCGAAUCGGACGUUGUUUUGAAACGCUUUGUUGAGUUCAAACACACCCUCAUGCCUUACAUCAUUCUACAGGCUCUUCAAGCUCAUCGGAGUGGUAUUUCAAUGAUGCGAAAUACUUUCAUGGAGUUCCCAGAUGAUCCAGUUGUCUGGAGUUUGGAUACGCAGUAUUUCUUUGGGUCUGAGAUCCUUGUCGCACCAGUCUUCAAUCACAAGGGUACGGUAACCUAUUAUGUGCCUCGUACCGAGACGAAUACUGGCAAAUGGUACGGCUUGCUGGAUGGCGGAAAGUUGCGCGAGGGAGGACGUUAUCACACUGAGAAGCAUGACUUCCUUUCUCUCCCUGCACUUUUGAGACCUGGUGGGGUUCUUGCAUUUGGUAAGAGCGAUGAGCAGGUUGAAUAUGAUUGGGCCAGUGGUAUAACUCUUCUGAUCAAUGCCUCUGAACCAGUGAAGAAGCAGAUCCCGAUCGCAAACUACAAGAACGUCAACGGACCUGACAAAGUAGUCAUUGAUGUUGAAGUCACUGGAUCGGUACCUAUGGCAAAGCUGAACGUUGAGGUCUGCGAAGGGAAAAUGUCUGAAGAUUGGAAUAUUAAGAUCGUAUGUGUUAAUGUCGCCACGUCUGACAAUACUGACGUGGAAAUUCUUUCUGAUGGAGAUCAAAAGAUCAUCAAAGUGCCCGCCAAAGUGAAGAAAAUGACGUUUUCGCUGAACUAA